AUGACCAGAAGCUUGCGCCUCCUCGUUCUCCUCCUGCCCUACCUCCUUCGACAGGCCCCUCUCCCCUCCCGCGCGCCCAUCAUCGGGGCUCUUUACCAGUCGUGCUCGGUCGCUGGUGCUGGCUUUCCGGCUCGUUUUGCCCGCGCCGUCCUCGCAAACGCGAGCUUGUGGAGAUGGUACCUCCAGAUUCGCUACCUCGUUGGCCUGGCCUCAACCUGGCAACCGCUCCUUCGUCUUCCUCGUCCUGGCGCUCUGUCUUCGUAUGCCUUUGGGCUUGUUCGCUGUUUCUUGCUCGCUCGCGAGAGCACCCUGCGCGCGGCCAGCAGGUACCGCUACGCUGGCGAACAUAUUGUUCGUCUUUAUGUGAGUUUGAUUUCAACUUUCAUCUAUCCUACCUUACCCAUGCGACGCGCCCUCAAAGGUUCUCCAUUUUCAUCUCGACCCUGUUUGCGCAGAGCUUCUAUUUUAUGCUGGACACCACAGAUUGAAGACCGGACAUUGGAUAUUGAAUACUCGACUGAAAGUGAUCUUUAUCUGAACCUGAGAGAAACUGUUACUAACCAAACCUUCUUUUACUCUAGCAUAACCUCUCCAUCACCCUCGCGCUUCCCUUCCUCCUGCCCCUCCCGCUGCACUACGAGCAGGCACUUAUCGGCGCCCUGGAAAGGCUUGUCGACGCCCUGA